CUUUUCCUUGUUCCUGGACUACUUUUAACAUACUUUGAGGACAACAUUUUUUAUUUAUUCGGUAAUUAUCAAACAUUUUCUUGGAUGGGCCUGCCUCAAGGAUUAUCAAGUUUCAAUUAAAGAUUUCUUUGACAAUAACUUAAAUGUGAAAUGUCGCAUAAUAUUGAUAAUCGAGAUCAAGGUAACUGAGUUGAAGUCACUAGACACGCUGGACACUCGUUUCUGAAGUACUAUAACUAGUCACCAUAUCAAUGAGGCAGGCCCUAGAAUAAAUUCCCCAGCGAAAGUAUAUACGUAGCCGAGAAAAUCACAUCUGCAGUUGAUUAAUAGUAGUCGCAUGAGCAGAAGUUGUGGAUAACUGAAUCGAAAUAGCUGCCACAAGACGCCCUCUGCCCUUUCCAGAGGUCUUAGGAUAUUACUACUAGUUCCUUGAUACUUGAUAUAGACCAAACACGCUAUUUAUUACAACUGGAAAAUAAUUUGCAAUGUCAGAGGGCAUAGAUGUAGUCCAGGUGAAGGUAGAACCACUAUAUACAGAUAAUGAGGAAAAUGUGGAGACUGCAAGGAAAGCAGAAGCUGAACAGAUACAUAAAUAUGUUAAAAAGGAGCCUAUUUGGAACAUGGAGGACUGCUCACCGGCCCGCCUCAGUAGGGACCAAAUAAUAGAAAAGGACCAUGUGAGCCACACAAGCAGAAAAAUGGAUCACAUAAGCCAUGAAAUAAAGAAAGAAACUGAGCUAAAUGAUACAGAGGACUCACAAAUUGACUGGUGUAUGGAUAAUGUAGUUAAAGUUGAGAGAGAGGUGGUUAUGUCUGAUGGAAGCAUGGUAGCAUCACAAGUUAGCGAACACACUCAAAACACAUCACCAUUGCAAAGCCAAGAGUCACAGGCUGCAUGCACAGACCAUGGUAUAAAAAAAGAGAAUGAGUCUACAAUAGAAGCAAAUUCAUCUAGCAUAUGUGAGGCAACCACACCAAGUGGUCUGUCCAUGGAACAUGUGGUCAAGAUUGAGAGAGAAGCAGACAUAUACAGUAACAAUGUAACUCCACAACAUAAGUUAAAUGAGUCUGAGAGCAAAGUGGAAUGUGCCAGACAAAGAGGUCAUGAUAUGCAGGAUGAAAAGGCUACAAUACAGUCUGGCCUGAGCAUAGACCAAAUGGUAAAGGCUGAAAGUUCAGUCAUAGGCCUGUACAUGGACCAUGUUGUAAAGGAUGAGUUGGUAGUUGGACCGGAGGUACUGCAGAGGCCAAAACUCUUCCAACAUCAAGCAACCAUUAACCAUAAUGGGAGUAAAGUCCUUGGUAGGGGUUGCUCUGUCAGACUGGAGAAGAUGCAUGUGGAUGUGGAGAGUGGUGUGUGUAGGGUUGACCUCAAUACAUACAAGUUCCGGAUGUGUCCCAUAAACUACCGAGACAAUUUAGUAAAAAAUGAGAUUAAUGGAGCAACUCCACAAAAAGACGAAAAUAAGCAUAUGGGAACAAAUUCCAAAUCACCAAGUAACAAAAGCAUUAAAGUCCAAGAAAAACGAUACAAAUGUGACCUCUGCAAUUAUUCUACUUAUGAAAAAUAUAGGCUUAAAGUCCAUGGAAAGGUGCACAGUGGUGAAAAACCCUUCAAAUGCAAGCUAUGCAGUUACUCCACUGCCUAUAAAGCUCACUUGCAAAUUCACGACAGAAUACACACUGGUGAAAGACCUUACAAAUGCGACCAAUGUAAUUAUGCCUCCAUCCAAAAAUGUGACUUGUCUGUCCACAAAAGGGUGCACAGUGGGGAGAAGCCACACAAAUGUACCCACUGUAGCUUCGCUUGUAAACGUAAACGUGACUUGUUAGCCCAUGAAAGGACACACAAAGUUGAGAAACCGUUUAAAUGUGAACACUGUGAUUAUAGCAGCAACCGCAAACGAGAUCUGUUAAUCCAUGUUAGUCGCACACACUCUUUAAAAACUACCGUAAAUGAUCAGAAUGCGUACAAAUGUGACCACUGUAGUUACACUAGUCCUUCUAGACGAAACUGGAAGAAUCACAUCAGAAUAAUGCAUAUGAAAAUUAAACCGUACAAAUGCGAUCGAUGUGAUUACGAAACUAGAGAUAAGAUUAGAUUUGGAACUCACGUCAAGAAACACACUGGGGAGCCAAUCAAGUUGCGUUAUAAAUGUAGUCAAUGUGAUUACGCUACUGACCAUAAACAUCAUAUGUUAGGCCACCAAAGAACUCAUUCAGGUGAAAAACCUUUUAAAUGUGGCCACUGCAGCUACGCUACGGCCUAUAGACGUGAAUUGUUAGCCCACAAAGCUUUACACAACGAUGAAAACCCUUACAAAUGCAUUAAAUGCACUUAUGCAUGUGGCAGUGAGAGUAAUCUGCGAAAUCAUGAAAGGACACACAUUGGUGAGAGCGUGAAUAAACUUGCAGAAACUCAAAAACCUGUUUGUUCAGAACAGAGUUAAAACGAUUUCAUAUAUUUGAUUUUAGUUUAGGGUUGGAAGGAAAAUGGGAGAGUUGUAAAACACAAACAAUAAGUGCUUUACAAGGAAACCUGCACAAAUGCAGAAUAAUAUUUUUAUUAUAGUUAAAUUAUAUAGAAGGAGAUAGAUAGAAGUAAUUAGGUUUCUUGUUACAAAUAAUCGCACGUUCAUCACAGCAAAGCAAUCACAUUUUUCUUCUUUAAUAUAUAAGAUUAUUUCUAUUAUCUAGGUACUUAUAUUUGUUUUUUUUUUACCAUUGAUAAUUGAAUUUGUUUAAAAAAUAAUUUUCAUCACAAAAUAACUAAGUCGUUCCAUUUAUUGUGUU